AGACUUUUUUUUUUCUUUUAUAAAAAAUCCCUCUCUUCUAUUCUAAAAUAAACAAAUAAAUAUUAUUUUAUUAAAAAGGUUUCUGUUUUUUUAUGAUAGCCGGCGAUGCCUACGCCGGUAAGUGUAGCGCGGCAAUGCUUAACGCCGGAGGCAGCUCACGCGUUAGAUGAGGCGGUGACCGUAGCGCGACGGAGGGGACACGCUCAGACGACGUCGCUCCACGCCGUCUCCGCUCUUUUAUCUCUCCCUUCCUCCGCCCUACGCGACGCAUGUGCCCGUGCUCGUAACGCGGCUUUCUCACCUCGCCUCCAAUUCAAAGCCUUGGAGCUUUGCUUAAGCGUGUCACUCGACCGAGUCCCCUCGAGUCAACUCGGCAACGACCCGCCUGUCUCCAACUCGCUCAUGGCCGCGAUAAAGCGGUCUCAGGCGAACCAACGAAGACAACCCGAAAGUUUCCACCUUUACCGCGACAUAUCGCAGCAAAAUCCUUCCAAUAUCUCGUGUGUCAAAGUCGAGCUCCAACACUUGAUUUUAUCGAUCCUAGAUGACCCUGUUGUUAGUCGGGUUUUCAGUGAAGCGGGUUUUCGGAGCUCCGAAAUCAAGCUAGCCAUCAUCCGCCCCCUCCCUAAUCUCUUAAGAUACUCUCGACCACGUGGCCCACCGGUUUUCCUUUGCAAUUUAGAAAAUUCGGAUCCAGGUUAUGAAAACACCCGGGUUCAGGGUCGUCGGGGAUUCAGUUUCCCGUUUUUGGGGUUUGCCUCUUUUUAUGAAGGAGAAGGAAAUUGUAAGAGAAUAGGAGAAGUUUUGGCGCGAAGGAGGAAUCCACUACUUGUCGGUGUAUGUGCUUACGAUGCACUCGCGAGUUUCACGGAAAAUUUGGAGAAAAAAAAUGAUGGUUUUUUGGGUAAAGAAAUAUCAGGGUUAAAUAUAAUUUGCAUAGAAAAAUAUAUUUUAAAGUGCAUUAAUGAAGGGUUUAACAAAGGCGAGGCGGAUUUAAAAUUUGAAGAAAUGGGUCGGGUCAUAGAGCGGGAAAUGGGAGGAUCCGGGGUGGUAGUGAAUUAUGGGGAUUUGCAAAUUUUUGUUAGUGACAAGUGUAAGGAUGAUGAUGAUAAUGAUGAUGACAAGGCUGUUGAUGAAGAAGAUGGAGUUGGUUAUCUGGUUGGACAGUUAACGAGGUUAUUACAGGUUUAUGGAGGGAAAGUGUGGGUGUUGGGAGCUGCAACAAGUUACCAAACAUAUUUGAAGUUUUUAAGCAGGUUUCCUUCAGUUGAAAAACACUGGGAUUUGCAGAUUUUGCCUAUUACUUCUCUUAGGAAUUCAUUGCCUGAGUCUUACCCAAAGUCCAGCUUGAUGGAGUCAUUUGUUCCAUUUGGUGGGUUCUUUUCUACACCUUCUGAGUUAAAGGGUUCUUUAAGCAGCUCAUAUCAACAUGUUCCCCGCUGCCAUCUAUGCAAUGAGAGGUGCGAACAAGAAGUAGUUGCAAUUUCAAAGGGAGGAUUCAAUGUUUCAGUGGCAGAUCAGUACCAAUCUACACUGCCUCCUUGGUUGCAGAUGACUGAGCUUUGUGCAAACAAGGGAGUAGAUAUGAAGACCAAAGAUGAUGGAGGGUUAUUAAACACUAAGGUAGCGGGACUACAAAAGAAGUGGGACAAUAUAUGCCAGCGCCUUCAUCACACUCAUCCAGUUCCUGAGUCAAACACCUAUCAAGCAAAUCCUUCAGUCCCAACAGUUGUGGGCUUUCAUUUCAUCCAAGACAAGAAGGAAGAUGCUCAUGGUCAUAGUAGCAACAACACAAAUACACUACCCAAUGAAAAUAAUUGCAUAAAUGUAAAUUCAUGCUCACCUGUUAAUUUUCAAAAGAUGUCUACAUCGCAAUUGGACAAUCCUUCCUCUGCAGUAUCCAAGACUAAGAAUGGAAGUUUACUGUCCAAACUACAGGAAAAACCUUCCAAAGCAGGUGACUUUGAGGCAAUUGAACCCAUAUCUCCUUGCAGUUUGUCCAAUUCAAGUGUGGGUGAUGGUAGUCAAACAUCUCCUACAUCUGUCACUUCUGUGACAACAGAUUUAGGGUUGGGUUUAUGCUCAGUUUCUUCAAGCAACAAAUUGCUGAAACCUACAACUCAAAACCGUACAGGGCUUGCACAGGACUUUUCAGGUUGCCUUCCUGCAAACAUUGAUGUUAUCAAUGGGAGUGUCUCUGGCCAUCCAGCUCAGUCCUCAUCCUCUUCAUCUACUGACUUUGGUGGACUGCUUGAUCCAAGCAAUUUCAAGAAGCUUUUUACAGCUGUCACUGAAAGAGUAGGCUGGCAAGAUGAAGCUGCAAGUGUUAUUUGCCAAACAGUAGCCAACAGCCGCGCAAGAAAUGAAAAAUGUCAUGGAGCCAGUCGAAGAGGUGAUAUAUGGUUGAAUUUCAGUGGACCUGAUAGAUGUGGCAAAAUGAAAAUUGCUGUUGCUCUUGCAGACAUAAUAUAUGGAAGCAGAGAGAAAUUCAUCUGCAUGGAUCUAAGUGCCCAAGAUGGGGUGACUCAUAGACACUUGCUCUUUAAUUGUCAGGAAGUGAAUUAUGAUUUAAGGUUUCGAGGGAAGACUGUGGUUGAUUAUGUUGCUGAGGAGUUGAGCAAAAAGCCCUGGUCGGUUGUCUUCCUUGAAAAUGUAGAUAAAGCUGAUAUUCAGGUUCAAAGCUGCUUGUCUCAGGCUAUCCAGAUUGGCAAGUUUUCAGAUUCACAUGGAAGAGAAGUCAGCAUCAACAAUGCUAUAUUCGUGACAACUUCAACAUUAACAAAGGAAAAUCAAGUUGUUUGUCAUAAAGCACAAACAUCUAAUUUUUCUGAGGAUAAAAUAUUGAGAGCCAAGGGCUGGCCGCUGCAGAUUUUGAUCAAGCAUCAAGAUAACACAAUUGGCCAAGACUUGAGGGUGCCUGUUACAACAAGAAAAAGCAUUUCUAAGCAGGGUUUUUUGAAUAAAAGAAAGCUAAUCGGCUCUCAUGAUACAGUGGAGCAGCAUGAGACCAUGGAAAUGGCCAAACGGGCUAAUAGGACAUCAUCUUGGAAUCUAGAUUUGAACAUUCCAGCUGAAGAAAGUGAAGUGCAGGAAACUGAUGAUGGAACUGUUGACAAUGACACCAUUGCUGAGAACCCCACGCCUUGGUUGCAAGAUUUCUUUGGUCAACCUGUCAAAAAUGUGGUUUUCAAACCAUUUGAUUUUGAUGCACUUGCUGAGAAAGUAUUGAAUGAUAUAGACCAGAGUUUCCGUAAAUUUAUCCGCUCAGAGUGUUUGUUAGAGAUAGACUCAAAAGUUAUGGAACAACUACUAGCAGCUGCAUACUUAUCAGAUGAGUAUAGGGUGGUGACAGAUUGGGUGGGACAAGUUCUUAGCAGGGGAUUUGCAGAGGUUGAGAAGAAAUACAACCUCAACACUCACUCCGUUGUGAAACUUGUUCCCGGUGAGGAUCUUCCUUCUGUGAAAACACUAGGAGUUGGCCUUCCCCCCCAAAUUAUUCUGAAGUAAUGUCUUUUCAAAAGCCUAAUCUCAGUAGUUAGGUGCAUAAGCAUUUAGCAUCUAGUGAAUUAUGUUUAGCUUCUUCAUCCCAUAAUUUUUUGGGCUUCUUCUCUUCUCCCAGGUUACUAGGUUGUGUAUUGUUACCAUGUUAAAUGUAUAAUCUGUAGUCAAGUGCCAGUGUGGUUCAUGUCUUCACCACCAAAAGAAAAAAAAAAAAAAACAGUUGUAGUUGCUCAAAUUUCUUGCUUGGUUUGUUUGAACAUGGCUGCAGAUCCUUGUUAUAACUUUUGCCAAGGUCUGUGACUCUGUUAUCUCAAUGGAUAGUAUCAAGCAAACGGAAGCAAUCUGCAAUUAUAUUGUUCUGUUUAUUUGUCAUAAAUUUGUGGUGAAAAAUGAAUAAUUGGCGACAGAUUCAAGUGUUCA